AUGGCGUGGUACUCCAUUCUACCAGCGGACAUCGAGAGCUGGGCCGCUCAUGUCUUCGUGAGUUUCCGUCUUGUUUUCCUUGUAGUUCCUUCACCCCUUCUCGAUGACGCAGUCGCUAAUCUACCCCGGAUUCCGCAGUUCCUCCUCGGCCUCAUCACUAUCGGCCCCUGGGCCUUCCUCGUACUUCUCGAUGCAACAAUUUGGAUCUACCGACUGAUCCUCUGGGAAGUACCCUGGAUCGGCGGGCGCGCACGUGGUCGGCAGCGUCCUCGCGCGCCGAGCUUGAAUGAACGUCCGGGCGGGCAACGGAGAGCGUUUGGACUGCGCGGUGUGGAGACAGAUACCGGCGAUAGCGAAGGGCCGGAUCAAGAUGAUUCUUCGCAGCUGAAGAACGAGAAAGACGGUGAGGACUCUCGCAAGCAGAACGUGGGCUCUGCUGCCCAAGGACCGAAGCCAGAUUUGAUCAUUCGGAAGAUGGCAGAAGCUCUAUACAACAAGCUAGACAUCGGUUGGCAACGGCCUUUAUUGCCCAUAACUUACCUUCUGUCUAUCCUCAUUGUGGGCGUAUGUAUCUACCAAUGGAGGGGUCGAGAGUCCCGCAAUGCAAGUGCGUCAGGGAAGACGAAGACAACCUAUUCGGAUGAGAAACAACCUUCCAUUACACCUCUAGAAGGGUUUGACUGGCAGAAAACUAAGCCGUUGCAAUUGCGGCCAUUUAAAGGGAAAGACAAGUAUAACUUGACCAUGGCAAUCGAAACGCUUGACCCAUCAGAGCUCAUCCAAAUCGACAAGACAUACAAGGACCGAAUCGCCCUUCGCAAAUCCGUCGUUCACAACCACCAUGAUAUAGUGGUGGCGAUCAACAACGACCAAACCCCAGCCCAGGAUCCACGCAUUCGCCCUGCCAUCGGCGAACUCUACACUUUCGUGCUGAGAACAUACCUCCCAACCCGAUACCCGAGCAUGUUCCAGCUCAACCCUGAUAGCUCAAUUUUCCAAAACCUGGUCACAGGUGAAGCCUGGCCGACAACCCUAUCACCAACCACUCCAACAAUCCAAGCACUAGAAAUCUUAGCCCAGACAGUUGACGAGGAUUUCUUGAUCCUUCUCCCCGAACUCUCCCGGGAGAGCGAAGAACAACCAAGAUAUGUCCUGCAAGCAUACGCAACGUGUUUCCCAGCGGGCUUCAACACGCGCAAGAAACUUGGUCUGCGCUUGGUAGACAUCCACGGGCCGGUCCCGGGGUAUGGAGAAAAGAUCGAGCGCAGUAUGGAUAGGUUCUUUGCGCGAAUCGAGGUUGGGACCUUUGUUAAAAGGGCUAAUUGGAGUGUGACUAUUGAUACGGGGCUGUUUGCUGCGUUUGGUGGAACACAUGCUGUGUCGGGGAAGAAGGAAGAAGCUAUCAAGCCCGAGGAAUUAGAUGUUGAUAAGACUUUCCUUCGAUCUGAAAGACAGACAUUGUAUCGACUACCCGUGUCUAGGGCUGUGGUCUUUGGUGUGCACACUUAUGUCUAUCCGGUUAGGCAAAUCAAGGAUGAGGGUCUUGGUGAGGAAUUUGCGAAUGCCAUUGACGGGCUGAAGAAAGGGAAUGUGCCGGAUAUGCAUAUUUAUAAGAGGGGGGAUGUGUGGGGAGAGGCAUUGAAGCAGUUCCUAAGGACUUAG